GAAUAAUCAGAUACAGAAGCUUCAGAAGAUAGAAUGAUUGCAAUACUGUACAAAGAGGGUGGGACAUCAGACUCAAAUAGUGCAAAUAGGGCAGAGUGUCCUUUGGAAGGCUUUUAGAAGGUUCUUUCAGCAUAGUUCCGCCAUGAAGGGAAGAUUCCGCAUGGUUUGGGAUACAGCACUGCACCACUGCACCACUGCACCACCGCCACGGAACUUUUCCCCGAAGAACCGACCCCACCCCCUGUCCGAGUACGGAGGUGUUGCUUUGAGGACUCAGUCUCGGCGCAUUAACGGAGCAGCCGAUGCGGAACGGACACUUCACCGGAGACGGCAGACCUUCAUCCAGUCCAGCCUUGACGAAUCGUAUUCAAGGCGACCUCGGGACCCGGACCUGACAGUUUGGCCAAAGGCACCAAGGUAAAGCUUAUAACCACGAGUCUUCUUCUGGCGGACGCGAGAAGUCCUCAUUCUCAAUCUUGCUGCCAUGAAUUAUGGAGCCUUCGCCUUUGACACAGCAGGCUCGACCUGAGAUCUUCCAGCCAAAGAUUGUAGAGCUGUACACGGCAUUGUUCAAGGUACCCACCCACAUUAUGUACUCGGAGAGGGGUGCAGUUACUAACGCCCUAUCCAGGAGGAGGAAGAGGAAAGCGACCACGAGAAACCAGAGGGAUUCUGGCGGGAGUUCUUUCUUCUGCGACCAGACAAGGCUUCUCUGCAUCGCAUUCUGGACGGACUAAGCCCUGAUGACCUCCUCCAUCUCCAGGUAUGACGGCACGAAUCUACGAGGGAGACCGGCAGACCUGACAUGUACACAGAACCAGACACGGAAACUUUUCGAAAGGGCGGUAGCAUGUAUCAAACCAGGAAGUGCUCCAGCCGAUGCGCAUGCGCUCGAUGUAAGAUGCCAAUUCUUGCGACAUAUGAGGCGAGGCUGACAAUGUAGACCAUCACAGCUUUCCUUGCUUCUGUCCUACCCAAGAAAUACACGAAUCCAAGCUCCGAUAUAAUAAAUGUGCUUGCAGGACUGGAUCAAGUGGACGCCAUCUUCACUGAUUUCGUGGCUGCGCUGGACGUCACAAUAAGAACAGGAGUCACAUGUAAGGGGCGAGGUCUUUGCGCUCUUAUGAAGAUACUAAUAUCUGGUAGUGGAGGUUCGGCAGAAAGCAGUUGAGGUGGCAUUGGCUGUUGUAUCUGGCGCAUACCAAACCAGUCUGUUGUCAUAUUUCACACAUCGCGAUUUGUUCCCUUCUCUUAUGAAGGUAGCCUUUCCCUCCACCCUCUAUUUUGCUUGCUUGAUAUUGACUCAAGAUAGUUUGUUCAAGAUUCCGAAGACAACGCUCGCGCAUUUACACCCUUUACACUACUCGGCCUGCUCGCGAAUUAUAACAAAUUCGAAUUCCAGAAUCCAUAUCGAUUGCGAUUAGACGAUUUCGUUAACGAGGGGACGAUACAAAAGAUAAUCAGAUCAGUUGGGUAUACAUGCUCAGAAACGAGGGUCAAAUAUAUUGCAAUCCAGGAUGAUCUUCCAGAAGCAUGGAGUAUCAGCAAUACUCUCAGUAUGAUUGGGUUAGGAGCAAUGGCACCUGGUGCAAAAAAACCCGCUCAACCUGCACUUGAUCCCGAAGUAGCAAAGGAAAUGUUUUCGAAGCUGUAUGUACAUCCCAUUUCUUGCAUGAACAAACUGACAAUAUUACAGACCAAGUAAUGAGGCUGCGGUACUUCUUGCAACAUAUGAUUUCGCUCAUGCGAACAAACUUUUUUGCUUUAAUUUCGUUACGUUACCUGCAGAAAAGGGCCUUGAAGCUCCUAUUAGCAGCUUCAUUUCCGUCACCUCGUAUCUUUUACAACACGCACAUUCAUCUUUGAGAAACUCACUUUACUCCCAUUUAAACCUUCUCAUUCUACGCCUUUUCAUUGAGGAUCAAGUAUUGUGUAAAAGGAUAUGCAGUGACGAGAGCAAGAUGUCGGUUCGAUUAUGUCGGCAGCGUUCACCUUACUUGCCUCUAGUUCGUGGCGAAAGAAUGCUGGCGGCUAGUAUUUUGGAUACGAUGAUUGAUGGUCUUAGCCACAAUCUACGAAAAAGGCUUGAUGUAGAUCUCUACAUCCUUUGCGUCGGAAUCAUUCUAAGACUCAUCUCUCAUCUAUCUCGUUCCCGAACACGUCUUGCGUAUCACUGGUCAGAGCUGUUUCGAUCGCUUCUGUCCCUUGUCCGCUUUCUCACUACCUACACUGCGGAUCUGAAGAAUCUCAACCACAUUGAUAUUCUUCUUGAUGAUCUAGUCAAUUUGAUUGCACUCUCUCUCUCGGCUGGCGAGGCCUUUCUGCCUAAUCCUGCCGCGUACGAUGACCUUUUCUACAAACUCGUCGAAACUGGCGAGAUUUUAGUCAAGUUUAGGGAUAGUUAUGGUCUCGCAAAUCGGUCUACUAGUUCCAUUGAGACAUUGAUCAGUGUGACUGAGCAUUACAAACAAAUGUUGGCAGAUGGCGCACAAGGAAGAAAAGGAAAACAUUUGACCAGUGUACAAGUUUCUGGAGUGAUCAAGCAAGGUUACGAAACUCUUAGUAUACAAGCCAAAGAAGGCUUAGAUGGAUGGGAAAAAUAUCGAGAAGCGGACGAAAGGGUCCUUUUGAAGAAGAUUGCGCGAGCCGCCGUCGGCGAUGUCAAGACGCUGUUGGUUGAGGGAUGAGGUAUUUAUUAUAGGAGGAAGUGCUUCUUUUUAAGGCGUUUUCGUGCAUGAUGAUGACAUGUGGACUGGAUAGCAUUGGGGAAACGGGCCAAAUAUACCACCACCAUUUGAGGUUGUUUAUGAGGGGCCCAGUCCAUUGCCAAGCAUCUGGUUUGGAGUACUUAGAGGGUGAGGGUUAGGGCGUUAGUAUUGGGAACCAGAGUCGGGUAUUCAUAUACUUUUUUGGAUUUGCUGGAGGGGUCCGUUGGAGCGUAGAUUUGGCGAGCAAUUAAGCAUUUUAUUAUAGAUUACAU